AUGAGUUUAGACGCUAUUCGACAGAAGUACGGUGAAGAACGGGACAAGCGGCAUCACCCUGAAGGAUUGCAGCAAUACGUGAUUGACCUCGCCGCUUCGGAAAGGCUCAAGCACUUUCAAGCUGAUCCCUGGGCGACAACCAAAGGCUCGCCAGACGCGUCCAGCGGUGUUAGUGCCCCGGCUGGUACCGCGAGAGUCGAUCGCAAAGCCGCUCUGGAGGAUGGAGACUCUUGCGCCUUUCUCAUCGUCGGCGCAGGAUACGGGGGAAUCCUCUUCGCCGCCAACCUCAUCAAAGCUGGCGUGGACCCGGAUGACAUCCGACUAGUCGAUACCGCCAUGGGGUUCGGCGGCACAUGGUACUGGAACCGCUACCCGGGACUUCAAUGCGAUGUCGAGAGCUACAUCUACAUGCCGCUUCUCGAGGACACGGAGUACAUGCCCAAGCACAAGUACUCCUUCGGCCCGGAGCUGAGAGCGCACGCUGAGCGCAUUGCGGUACACUUUGGCUUCCAAGACAAGGCCCAAUUCGGCACUCGUGUCGAUGCUUUGACUUGGGACGAUGCCAGCUCCGAAUGGGAAGCCAAGUUACACAUUGAGAGGCAAAACACAUCGAUAUCCGUCCGAUCCAAAUUCGUCCUGACGGCAUACGGCAUCGGACAUUAUCCCAAACUGCCCAAUAUCCCGGGACUCGACUCCUUCCAGGGCUCGGCCUUCCACACCAGUCGUUGGGACUACGGCGUCACCGGAGGGUCGGAGGCAGAACCCAAUCUCACUUCCCUGGCGGACAAACGGGUGGGCAUCGUAGGCACCGGUGCCACGGCUGUCCAGGCAGUUCCAUUUCUUGCUCGCUGGGCAAAGCAGCUGUACGUGUUUCAACGCACGCCGAGCGCCGUUGGCCCCAGGAACAACAGGCAGACCGAUCCAGACAUCUGGCAAAACGAAGUCGCCACACAUCGAGGGUGGCAGACGGACAGGGCAGAGAACUUCAACGCCCUCUUGGCCAACGAUCCGGCGAAGCCCGCCGUCGACCUGGUCAAAGACGAAUGGACAAAGCUGCCUUCAUACAGCGCCUUGAUCGGGAACCCGGCCGACUUGGACAGCAGGUCUCGGGAAGAAGUGGCUAGCUACGUCGCCACCCUCGAAAAGCUGGAUCUGCCACAGCAGGAAUCUCGGCGGUCAAGGAUCGACGACAUCGUCAAAGACCGGGACACGGCAGAGGCCCUUAAGCCCUGGUAUCCUUCGUGGUGCAAGCGGCCCUGCUUCAACGACGACUACCUCGCCGUCUUCAACCAGAGCAACGUCACGCUCGUCCCAACCGGCGCCAGGGGCAUCGAAAAGAUCAACCCCGGAAGCGUGGCGGUCGACGGAAACGAGUACGGCGUCGACGUGCUCAUCUUCGCCACCGGCUUCCGGCCGCCGACGUCCCGGAGUCCCGCCGAGAGGAGCAGGAUCAAAGUGUACGGCCGCGACGGUCUCGACAUGGACGUAAAAUGGGCGCGGCCCCAGGGACAGAGCACUCUCCACGGCCUCAUCAGCAGAGACUUUCCCAACUUUCUGUUCCCGGGCCCGAACCAGAUGGGCGCUGCUCCCAACGGGACGUAUCAGCGGGACCAGCUCGGGCAGCACUUUGCAUACAUCGUCACGGCGGCAGCGCGGAAGCGUCUCCAGGAACAACCAGACACUGAGGGACAGGCUGGUUCAAAGUAUGGCAAGUACGACGUCGUGGUAGAGCCGACGAGCGAGGCGGAGGAAGAUUGGGCCGACGCUGUUGCGCGGAACGCGGCCAAGCUGUCUGCAAUGGCGGGUUGCACGCCCAACUACAUGAUUACGCCAGAGGAGCAAGAAGCUUUCGCCAAGCAAAAGAGGGAACUUCUGCAGCGCAAGGCAAGGGGGGCGUUGUGGGGGAGAGGGGUUGCGGAUUACAUGACGAUCCUCCGCAGCUGGCGGAGCGAAGACGCACUCCGCGGGCUAGAGAUCAAGGCCUAG